GCAUGAAAAUGAUAAAGAAAAUCUAAUGGCUAGAAUGAUUAUCUCCAAAUAAGCAAAACCGAUUUUUAAGGCCUGUUUAUCUUAAUUUAUGUUGCCAUGCCAGUGGCAAAGAAUUAUGUCAGUUUGUGUUGUUAACUUCCAUGUUGCCAUUUUUGGCGACCAAAGGAUAAGGGUUUUAGAGAAAAAGGUGAAUGAAACACAGGUAUCAAAGACAGUGUUUGGCCACCUUGAUAUCUCAGUCAGUGACUUCAUAUUGUUAUUUAAACUUGGUGUUCUUUAUGCAAUCAUUCUGUUGUCAGAUCUAUUCUUGAGUUAAUGUCUGUUGUUAUUCAGUGCUGUAUCACAUUCAAGUCCCUUCCCCAGUGCCCCUCUUCAAUGCACUUCCUGCCACAAGUAACCAAAAAAUUUUACAACUAUAAUGUGCAAAAGUAAUGUAAACAAUAUAUGACAAAAUUUGCGAUUUUCAGGACUGUUCAAAUGCACAAAGUAGUUUCUUCAAAAAUGAGAAACCCAUUGUUUCUACUGAUGCAGAAUUUCAAGGAAACUUUACUGGGCUCUGCAAAACUUUGCAAUAAAAGUUUUGCAGUAUUUUGCAUAAUUUUGUUCAAAAAUUCAUGGAAAGUCUUGAAAGUUUCUAAGUCACAAUUUCAUGUCUAGUGUAUACAAUGUACAUAUGUACAUGCCUUUGACUUACUGUAAUACCAUCUGGAACAGCAUGUGUUAAGAAAUGUUUUUUUCAUUUGUUUAUGCAAGAUACAUGCUCCACUGUAAGCAUGCAUCAAAGAGACUUGAUAAAAGGUUUGUUGAUAGACAUUGGAGAUAAAAAAAAAAACUGGAUAUGCAGGAUGUGAUGAUGCUUUGGAGUUGACAAUUGCAGCUGUGGAGGAGACGAGUAGGGAAUCUUUCUCAACAAUGCUUUGCAGCAACUCUGACUAGGAGUCAAACUAAUACUCUUGAUCCAGUGCACCACCUAUUCCAAAAGGACACUGUGGGUAGUGGGCGUAUAAAGUUUAAUAAUGUCUGCAGCAUUUUGAAAUUUUCGCAGUUAAAGUUUGAUUUUAUGUGAGUAUGAUAAUUUUUUAUAGUUUCAUGAUGUCUAAGUAGGAGAGUCCAAGAGAUGAUGUUUUACCCCAUUUUUGCUCAGGCAUGCGUAGAAAUCAAAAUUUUGAGAUAUUUUUUGGACAAGAAAGUGAUCUACGUCCUUAGGCUUUUCCUUUUUUAUUUAUUUUUUUUUUCACCUUUCUUUUUUCUUCUUUUCUUAUCUUUUUGCUGCAGUGAUUGGCCUUCUACUGGACUUGCUUUCAUUCAAAAACUUCUGAAAAAGCAUCAUCAAGACGGGCAAUUUUUACCAUGGAGUAACUCGCAAGAAAUUUUGCUGCGAGUUUUUCACACAUUUUCGUGCAUAUUUCAGGCUUCAUUGAGCCAACCACUCGGAUCUGGGUAUCAUUGGAAAGAUCUUUUCCUCCUGCAGAACUUGAGUGUAGAUGAGUAUAGAUGAUACGGAUGAUGUUAUGGGUGGCAUGGGAGUCAAUGGUUAAACCACAUAAUAUAUUUAUAAUAUACUGAAGUCUCUGAACAUUCUUGACUUUCUUUAGGAAAAUGCUGCCUGGGUCCUUGACAAACAUUACAGCUGUGUCGAAUGUGAUACAACUGACCACAUCAUACCAUGGAAUGUGCUUAAGACACGCUGCACGAAGUUUGACGAGGAAACUCUUGAAAUUGUAAUGGCCUAUUUACAGAGGCACAGUAAAGCAGUGCUAUUCAUCGCACCUGAAGGAGAGAAGGUUGUAAAGUUUGCAAGAAAGGGUGAACAGAAAGUGACAGCAGUUUCAGAUAAUGAUAUUGACAUUGUGAAACUCAGAAAAACAGUGGCCAGUCUUACUCUUCAGGUGAACAAGCUGUCAAAUGAAGUGGAAAGGUGUAGGUUUCAAGCAGCAAGUUGUGCAAAAGAAGGUUCAAAAUCUAAGGCCCUUAAACUGCUAAGAAAGAAGGAGCUUAGACAACGCACACUGGACAAGGCCAUAUCCAACUUGAACUCAUUUGAAGAAAUUUUACACAGAAUACAAAACGCACACACAGACAAAAUGGUUAUCGAGGCUCUCAAGUCAGGAACAGCAGCACUGAAGGGCGCACAUUCAGAAAUAACUAUUGACGCUGUGGAGGAUGUUAUGGACGAGCUUAAUGAGGUCGGUUAAUGUUCAGGUUUUUCUCAGAAUAAAUACAAAAAAUACUAGUAGUAUAGUGUGGGAUGAGAGAAUUGUGCCGUGGAAUGUAA